UACGCGGAUUUCCAGCAGUCAGCCAUCAUGGCAGUUCUGUGGCUCGCAGUCGCUGAUUAGGCCGAUGCACCUCACGCAUUUUCUUAAUUUUUGCCCAGUUUUUACUUGCACUCGAUGAGAGUGUUUGGUUAAAAUGGCACCUAUGCCACCAACUAUACAAAGUGGGGAGAAGAGAAGUGAUCGAGACAGGAAAUCAAGGGGAACUGUUCCAGGAAAGUCGGAUUUGGUAUGCCGCAUCAAGUACAGCAACAACCUCCCAGACAUACCCUUUGACCCCAAGUUCAUCACCUACCCCUUUGAGGCCAACCGGUUUGUGAAGUACAACGCCACCUCGCUCGAGCGCAACUACAAACAUGAGCUGCUGGCCGAACACGACCUGGGGGUCACCAUCGAUCUUAUCAACCCAGACACUUACAGGAUAGAUAGCAGUGCUUAUCUGGACCCAGCCGAUGAGAAACUACUCGAAGAGGAAAUUGCAACGCCAGGAGACUCCAAAAGAUCGCGGCAGCACACCAAGGCCGUGUCUUGGCUGAGGAAGACAGAAUACAUCUCCAGCGAAUACAACAGAUCCCAGUACAGCAGAGACAAAGUAGAAACAAAGGUAGCCUAUCAUCUGAAGAAGCAGUUCAACGAAGAGAAUUUAUACAAGGACCAAGCAAGUCAGAUUGCGGCGAUAGAGAAGACAUUUGAAGAUGCCAAAGUACCAAUUGAGCAGCACUACAGUAAGCCACAUGUCAAGCCAGUAGAGAUCCUCCCUGUGUUCCCAGAUUUUGAUAUGUGGAUCCAUCCUUGUGCCCAAGUCAUCUUUGAUUCUGACCCGGCUGUCCGAGGCAAAUCAGUGAAUGCACAAGUCGAGGAGAUGUCACAGGCUAUGAUCAGAGGCAUGGUGGACGAGGCAGGGGAGCAGUUUGUCGGCUAUUUCCUGCCCACCGAAGAGACGACGCGGAAGAGAAAGCGGGAUUUCGUGGAUGAGGUGAACUACGUCGACGACGAAGAAUACGAGUAUAAGCUGGCCCGGGAGUAUAACUGGAGUGUGAAGAACAAAGCCAGUCGAGGCUACGAGGAAAACUACUUCAUUGUCUUCAGGAACGGCAAAGGUGUCUACUAUAAUGAACUGGAGACCAGGGUCAGACUCAAUAAGAGAAGAGCCAAGGACAAGGAAGGCCCAUCAACCAAUUCCAUCCUGGUGGUCAAGCACAGAGAGCUAGCAGACCCGGAAGUGGCUCUGCAGGAGAACAGGUUAUCCCAGCUUGAUAAUGUCAUACACGAAGAGGAGGAGGAAGAAGAACCAGAACAAGAAAUGGAGGCGGCUGAAGAUGGAGAGGAGAGGGGAGAAAAUGAGGAUGAGAUGGAGACACAGGAGGAAGAGGCUGGAUUAGAAGGUGAAGAAGACGAAAAUGAGGAGAGAGAGGAAAGUGGUGAUGAGGCUCCAUCACAAGAAUCAGAUGCAGAGAACGUGGCCAGUGGCAGCGAGAAGGCAGAAAGCGAGGCCGAACAAGAAGCCAGCGAAGCCGAAGAGGUCCAAGAGAGAGAAGACGCAGAAGAAGAAGAAGAAGGGGAAGAGGUGCAGGAGGAUGAGGUGGAGGAGGAAGCCAAGAGCGGUAGCGAGAGAGAAGACGAAGCCGAAGAAGCAGGAGAAGCGGAGGAAGCUGCGGCUGGAAGCGGCGACGAAGACGUGGAGGAUCGAGAGGUUGAAGAGGAAGAAGAGGAAGAGGAGGAGGACGAGCAGCGAGGCGUGGAGAGAGACGAGGAGGAGAUCUUUGGCAGCGCUAGCGAUGCGGAGUCGGGCCAGGCAUCAAGCGGGGAGGGGGACAGCGAUUGAUGGACUAGGGUGUAUGGAUACCGUUCUUUUCACCAUAGGAUCUGUAUUACAAUGGACUCUGUGUACAAGUAUCUCCUCAAUAGUUACAGAGAAAGUCAGGGGGGGGGGAGACUGAGAUGAUGAGACUGAUGCUCACUUGAAGACGCUAUGGGUUCUUGCAAUUUUAGAAUGAAACUAGCAAUGGGGAAACGCAGUGUGCACUGGAGCUCUCAUGAUGAACAUGCACCAUCAACUGUUCACCGUCUGCCAGGUCAUGCUACGAUAAGCAUCACAAUACAAAGUUAUGGCAGUUUGAUGACAUCUGCAUUCACUGUACUCCUUCAUAAAUUGUGGAUUGGGUUUCAUUUUUUUAAUGUUUGCUAAUCUGUGAACUUACUACACUUGCUGGUUUGUUCUCAACUGUCAUUUUGGAGAAACAUUUUUAAAAUAGCAUUUGUUCCUAAUAUUUGGUCAGUGUAAAACUUAUCGAAUACCAGAAACUUAAAUGCCAAAAACAGUCUUAUAUUUGACAGAGAAAUUCAUAAAAGCUCAAGUACCCUGAGUUAGUGCUUGCAGUAUCAUGUUGUGCCACAAGAAUGUACAAAAAAAUGUAGGCCUUUUCAGCCAUGGUAUUCACACAUACACACUGUAGUAACAGUGUAUGUCAAGUGAGGAUCAAGCCAUAUAAUUUUUGUGUUGCCUAAAUGAAGUUUUGAGAGACUCUAACCAGUCCUUAAUUCUGUAUGACCGUAGAUCAUACAUGUGUGUAUGUUGAAGUUUCGGUUAAGUUUUUGCAAAAAGUGUAUAACUUCUACAUGCUUUCAUGGAUUUUGAUGAAACUUGGAUGCAGGGACCCUUGGGUGGGAAGACACAAUUUCUCCAUCAGAUUACUGAGGUCAAAGGUCAUGUAGGGGUCCUUAGAGGUCGUUGUUCAAAUAUGCUUCAAAUCUUUUUUGUCUACACAGAAUUUGAUGGAUUUUAUUGUCACUUGGAUGGAGUGAUCCUUGGGUGGGGGUUCAUCACAAGUCUUCCGAAAUUGGAGGUCAAAGGUCAUCUAGGGGUCAUUUGAGGUCGUUUAAAAAUGCACAAUUGUUCACUUGUUCACGAAAACACAAAACAGAUAGGGAUCGACUGCAGAAAAAGGUGACACAUGCGAUCCGCGGAUCACUUGUUCACCCUAUCUUGGGAAACCUUCAGAAUUCUGCAAAAUUGUUGUACCAAUGUAGAUACCAAAGAAUUGAAACUAUAAAAUAUAAAAAACAUAUAAAAUUGCAUGGACAACAAGCUUUUACAGUUUCUAUUUAAUUUUUUUCAAAGCCGAAAAAGAAAUUGACUUGUGCGGGGUUUGAACCGCCAACAUAGUGCUGGACAGCGCAGUUGGUACCGUAGGGCUACAGAACUGCAAUCCGGAGAUCAUAGGUUCAAACCCCGCUCCAGUUAAUUUCUUCGUUCAACUUUGAAAAAAAAAAAAUUAUAAUGCACCUACUGUAGUCAGUUUCCCUUUGAGGGGGUUUUAUGCGGUUUUUCCCAUCAACGGCCUACUAGAUAUUGCUUGGGUCUUCACUCAGUAGGUGUGCAGUAAUAUAACCAUUAAUGACACGGGUUUGGGGCGACGACUCGUUCCAUUAUUGACAUGUUAAUCCAGUGAUGAAUUAGAUAUGGCAUUGCUGAUGGACCCUAAGACAGCCGAAGGGUAGAAGCCGUCUUGCAGAUGAUGUGAUUUGGAUUUCAGUAGUCACGCUUUCAGUCCUUUUUUUAAUGAAAUAAAUUUGUACAGAGCACAUAUUGA